CUAAACCCAUUGCAUAAGAUGUUAUAUAAGUAAUGUUUUUGUUUCCUUUAUGAUUAAAUUGAAUUUCAAUCAAAUAACCUACGACUAGGUGAUAGGCCUACCUACAGUAUCACGUUACGUAUUUUUAUCUGAAUAUACAUCACAUAAUAUAACGGGGUAAAUAAGUUACUGUUGGUUUUAAAUGUAGCCAACCUAAUAUAUCCAGCCAUCCGCACUAUUUUACAAAACUUAAAUGUAUCGAACCUAACUUAACCAAACAUCCACACGAUUUUAAAGUAGUUCAGAAUCCAAAAGAGAUUCCAUUUUCAACAGAUCGAGUUCCGAAGAACAACAAACACUGAAAUCUCUAGCGAAAUUGUGAUUCCGCCAGCAAAGGAGGUGGCGGAAUAAUUCCGACAGUCUGUGACAUCAUUCCGAUACAUAAUUCCACUAGCGAGUGUUCAAGAAUAGGGUUUAGCAAAUCUCUGUCGGAAUUUAGUCAUUCCGCUAGCGGAAUUAUUCCGGUAGCGUCAAGAAUAGGCCCCCAGAUGUGAGAUGUCGAAACUUGUAUGCAUCAGCAUUGCCGUACCUGGUGAUAUUAUCAUUGGUGUGUCGUAGCAGUUGCUUUUGUUUGUUAUUACUGCUGUGUUGUGCAGCGCGAGCCCCAGACAGGCAGGCUAUAAAGAUAAGAUAACGAUAACAUGAGGUAUUCACUGCCGGCAAUGGUCUAUUAUGUAAGCAAACAUUUUAUUUCUUAUUGGACCAACUGGUUGAAAAAUAUUGCUGAUAUAGAUAAUGCUUAAAAGGCUGUUUGUAUUUUUUGUAACCCGAUACUAAAGUAUUGGCCUGAUACCAUGCCCGAUACAAGUACAUUAAUAAAAGUUAAGUAUCGGUAUCGGAACAACUCUAAAAACAACUUUGUGCACAACUCAGCACGCUACCACCUGCUGCCGGUGACGCUGGUGCCAGUGAUGGUGCACCUGCACGGCCGACAGGGCAUCACCACGCUGUGGAAGGGCGUGGGCAGCGUGCUCGUGGUGCGCGGCCUCACCCUGGCCGUGGAGGACCUCAUCAGCAAGCUCACUCCAUGGCCCAAAGAAAUUUCUUGGCAUAGUUCAUUGAAGGCAUUUGGACAGCAUUUGUUAUUAAAAUGCACCACUUUGGCCUUUGUGACGCCUAUCUACUCCGCCAGUCUAGUGGAAACAGUGCAGAGUGACAUAGCCAGUGAGAAGCCAGGCAUCUUCGACGUGUUCCGGGAAGGAAUAUAUCGACUUAUCAGCUGGAGCUCACCACAAAAAGGUAGAAUGCUGCCAAUUUGGACUUUACUUGUACCAACAAUAAUACAUGGAAUUCUUAAAUAUCUCUUGGCCUUGUUGGCAAAAGGUGUGACAAGUCGUAUCUUGCAUCUUAAUCUACACCAUGAACGGAGGCGACAGGGAGCUUAUCCACGAGAGGCCCUUGAGCAGAGCACUACCAAAGAAAUUGAGCUUACUGCAGCUCUGGUGGGCUUCUACACUGCUGAAGUGGCACUGUACCCUCUUGAGACCAUAUUGCACAGGCUCCAUCUGCAAGGCACGAGGACCAUAGUGGACAACCUCGACACGGGCUACGAGGUGACACCUAUCCUCACCAGCUACGAGGGAGCGUGGGACUGCUACGAGACGACACUCACGCAGGAGGGGGUGGCGGGCCUGUACCGAGGCUUCGGUGCGCUGGUCUUCCAGUUGGCGUCCCACGUGACAGUGGUGCGUGCGACCAAGUUCAUGCUCACGGAGUUGUCUGGCCUGAUGGCCUCACCUGCCAAGCCGGGAGCACCCUUGCAGGCUCGCGCUCCCCUCAUCUAGGGUCCGCUUUAGAAAUAUAGUCAUUUUGAUUAUUUAAUGUUCACUUUCUGUACAGUGAAGUUCCAACAUGUGUGUGUCUAUAUAUAUAUAUAUAUAUAUAAUCUUACAUGUGCAAAAUUAGAAUUACCUAUAUAUAUAUAUAUAUAUAUAUAUAUAUAUAUAGAGAGAGAGAGAGAGAGAGAGAGAGAGAGAGAGAGACAGUAAACUCUCGAUUAUCCGGUUUUCGGGUUAUCCAUGCUUGAUUUUUUUAUGAAGUUGUAAAAAAAUUGACGUGGUGUGGCUACGCCGCAACUGCGCUGCGUGUUUUUUUUUUUUUUUUUUUUUUUUUUUUUUUUUUUUUUUUUUUUUUGCUGUGUCAGAAAGAUAUUUACCUGACCCUUCAGACCCUCGUUUCCCGCCAUCUUCAUCCGUCAAUUUGUCCCACUUUAAAACCAAAAAGGAAUGCCUUGACUGCUGCUUCCGGCUCAACUCCCCCCCCCCCCCCCCCCCCCCCUCCUUUUUUUUUUUUUUUUUUUUUUUUCAUUUUCUUUUCACAGCGCCCCGCCACGUUAAAAAAAAAGGGGGUCCCUCUACCUCCUUUACCUAUUGGAAUAUUGCAUCAUUAAAACCCGUAAAGCUACACAAGAUGAGUGCUUGUGUUUUUUUUGCCACGCACACGCACACAACGAGGUCUCACACACGCACAAAAGGAACAGGGCUCUCGUACACACGGGGGGGGGGGGGCAGAGAGGGAGGUGGUUUAGGAAUUUCCCCUCUACCGGCCGAAGCAGCCAGUAACACAAUGGGAGGGGGAGGGCUUCUUGAAACCGCCGAGAGAGAGAGAGAGAGAGAGAGAGAGAGAGAAAGGGAGCAUGUUGUUCGCCACCAGACAUCCCUUUCUCCCCCCACACCAUCACCCAACAACAGCCUUCAUUCUUUCUGGACAGCCCCGGUGCCAGCAUAGCCACAGCCUUUGUUUACUGCGUGAACCUUUUUUCCCUUCCAACUAACGGUAUUUUUCAUUGUUGAAGAUGCCAUUUAAAUCACUCUUUCUUACGAAAGAGCCAACAAGGAAGCACUCGUAAUAACCAGAUUAGUUUAGGAUUACUAUUUACGUAGUCAAACUGACGGUGCAUUUCAAAACUCUCGUAACUUCUAAGGUCUCGUAGUAUCCCAUACUCGUAGUUAAGACUGUAAAGUGCAUCCUAAUUUUAAUAGGCGGAAUUAACAAGAAACGAUAUCUUGCCGCGCGAGGUAUAAAAAUAAAAUGCAACAGCUGGAAGGGGGGAGGGGGGGGAAGGUAUAUAAUAUUGUGCUGUGGUUAAGACACUUAUUUUAUAGUGAUACUGGAUAAUAGGCCGUUAAAAGGGUGGAGGGAGAUGCUGAGUUGGGACUGCUGCCGCUCUCCCUCCCGUAGCAAUAAAGGGGGCAGGAGAAGGAUGGCGGCAACACAGUGCCAGUAUUGUUUACGGUCCACACGGUAUACAAAGCCUUUGCUUGUACUCAUAAAAUUCUACUGAAGAGACACUCUUUUGCCAGUAAAUACACCAUUUUUAAGCGGUGAAACGGAUUAUCCGGGUGUUUUUUAUGGGCAUUCAAUUAUCCGGGCAUCCGAAGGUCCCAAUUAACACGGAUAAUCGAGAGCUUACUGUGUGUGUGUGUUUGUGUGUGUGUGUGUGUGUGUGUGUGUGUGUGUGUGUGUAUAUGUAUGUAUGUAUGUAAUUUUAAUUUUGCACAUGUAAGAUAACUCUUUUGUGAUUUUAGAUUUCCAUGAAUUUAAAACAUUCUUAUAAUUUAACAUAAUUUUUCAUUUAUACACUUUAGCUGUGUGUUUAUUUAUGUAAAUUUGUGUAUAUGAGAUGAUACUGGUUCUCUUUGGAACUGAGAUUGGAAUGAAAUUUGUCCUGUCAAAAUUUUUUCUGAUGUAAUUUCUGAAGUGCUGUAUGUUCUGUAUGUAGUUAUAUAACUUAUUUUACUAAUCAAAGCAUAAUGUUAUUUGCAUGAUUAUCAGUUGAAAUUUAAUUGAAUUACCAAAGAAAUAAUAAAAGUUAUGUCAUGAACUUGUUUCUAAA